AACCAGAAGCCGACGUCGGAGGAGAUCCUGGGCAUGGCGGAGCAGCUGCACAUGGAGAAGGAGGUGAUCCGCGUCUGGUUCUGCAACCGCCGCCAGAAGGAGAAGCGCAUCAACCCCAGCGGCGCGGCCCCGAAUCCGCCGCUUUUCGCCCCAAAUCCGGCCCCCAACGCGGCCCCGAAUCCGCCGCUUUUCGCCCCAAAUCCGGCCCCGAACGCGGCCCCGGGCGUCACGGGUGUCACGAAUGUCGCGAAUGUCGGGAACGUGAGCGCGGCCGUCGGG